GCCAACAGACCUGGAAGAAAGACUUUGUCUUGGAGCUAACUUCUGUGCAUUUUGAGAUCAUUCAUCAUGAAGUAUGUAGUACAGGAAUGGCUCAGAGUAACUACCUUGCUAUUCAUAGCUCAAGCAGUUUCUGCAAUGGUUCUUCCCAAUGCCACGCUCUUAGAGGAACUUUUGGAAAAGUACAUGGAUGAAGAUGGUGAGUGGUGGAUCGCCAAGCAGAGAGGGAAAAGGGCUAUCACAGACAGUGAUAUGCAAAGUAUCUUGGAUCUUCAUAAUAAAUUACGGGGUCAGGUGUAUCCACCAGCUUCCAAUAUGGAAUAUAUGACGUGGGACACAGAACUGGAGAGAUCUGCAGAGUCGUGGGCUGAAACCUGUCUAUGGGAGCAUGGGCCUGCAAGCCUUCUUCCAUCAAUUGGGCAGAAUUUGGGGGCACACUGGGGAAGGUACAGACCUCCAACAUUUCAUGUCCAAGCAUGGUAUGAUGAAGUGAGAGAUUUCACAUAUCCCUAUCCUCAUGAAUGCAACCCAUAUUGUCCUUACAAAUGCUCUGGUCCUGUUUGUACACAUUACACACAGGUUGUUUGGGCUACAAGUAGCAGAAUCGGUUGUGCAAUUAAUUUGUGUCAUAAUAUGAACAUCUGGGGACAGAUUUGGCCAAAAGCAGUCUAUCUUGUAUGCAAUUAUUCUCCUAAGGGUAACUGGUGGGGUCAUGCUCCUUAUAAACCUGGCCGCCCUUGUUCCGCAUGUCCCCCUAGUUUUGGAGGAGGUUGCAGAGAAAAUCUUUGUUAUAGAGAGGACUCAGAAAGGCCUUAUUCUCCCCAUGAACCAGAAGAGGAAACCAAUGAAAUUGAACGGCAGCGAUCCAAAGCCCAAGAUGCAGCAGCGCAAAGCCGGCCAAGAACUCAUUCACCUUCAGGCUCCACAGGCAGUGAUGACAGUGAGAAAAAUGAAGUAAUAAGCACACAGCAAAUGUCUCAGAUUGUUUCAUGUGAAGUAAGGCUAAGAGAUCAGUGCAAAGGAACAACUUGCAAUAGAUAUGAAUGUCCUGCUGGCUGUUUGGAUAGCAAAGCCAAAGUUAUUGGAAGUGUACAUUAUGAAAUGCAAUCCAGUAUUUGUAAAGCUGCCAUACAUUAUGGCAUCCUAGACAAUGAAGGUGGUUGGGUUGAUGUCACUAGGCAAGGAAGGAAAAAUUACUUUAUCAAGUCUUACAGAAAUGGCAUUCAGUCAAUUGGAAAAUACCAGUCUGCUAACUCCUUCACUGUCUCUAAAGUAACAGUUCAAGCUAUCACCUGUGAAACAACAGUGGAACAAUUGUGCCCAUUCCAAAAACCAGCCUCACACUGCCCAAGGGUGUAUUGUCCUCGCAACUGUAUGCAGGCAAAUCCACACUACGCUCGUGUAAUUGGAACACAAAUUUAUUCUGAUAUAUCCAGUAUCUGCCGGGCAGCAGUACAUGCUGGUGUAGUCCGCGACCAGGGCGGUUAUGUUGAUGUUAUGCCAGUAGACAAAAGAAAGGUGUACGUUGCUUCCUUUCAAAAUGGGAUAUAUUCAGAAAGUUUACAGAAUCCUCCAGGAAGCAAGGCAUUCAGAGUAUUUGCUGUUGUUUGAGUCUAGCAAGUAAAAUGUAAACAAGCAAGUGAAACCAGAGCACUUGGAAGAGAAUAAUAAAGGCCAUUUCUUAUAAUUCCUAAAGUUUGUAUAAAGCUGUAACAUUAUUGUACAGAAGAUGUAUACUGCUUUCCACCAAAAAGUUUAAAUUACAUAUAUAUCUUAAUGAAAAAAAUCUGUAAAAGUAAACAUGGGAGAAAAAUUCAUUUGAAAAUCUGAUAUAUAACAAUAUUUUGAAUCCUGUGUUAAAUAUUGCUAUAUUUUCUUAGCAGUUACUCCUAUACAGUUAAUUCAAAGCUCAUAAAUGUUCUUUGUUUUCUUCAUCUGAAUAUAUUAUUGUAUGGUGCUUUAUGUAUGCCACUAACAGUAACCUUAAAACUAUACCAUAGGGAGGCCUGAGUUUUUAUUUCCAACGUACGUAAAAGAAGCCAUCCAAAUAAUUCAAUAGAAUAAAUCAUGCCUUAAAGCAAAACAAAUAUAUAUGUAACUUUUUGAUGAUUUACAGUAGCAUUAGCCACGCAAGCAUAAAUGAAGAACUAGACUGUUUUCAAUUUCACACUAAUCAUAAGUACAAAUACCUAUUUUGAAGUAAA